AUAGAUCAGUCUAAAAUAAUAACUGAGAUAGCUGCUUUUAUGUUAGUUGAAAUUUAACAGGAAUGACUACAAAAAGUUCUAAAAUGAGUUCGUGCUCGAAGAAAGCAGAUACUAAAAAUAUUGCCAUAAUUGGGGCUGGACCUGCGGGAUUGAUAGCAGCAAGAUGUAGCCUCGCAGAAGGCUUUAACGUUGACGUCUUUGAACAAGGUUCUUCCGUAGGUGGCACAUGGGUUUUCACGGAAGAAACAGGGAUUGACCAAGAUGGUUUUCCUGUUCAUUCGGCAAUGUACAAGAAUCUGAGAACAAAUGUUCCCAAGGAGUUAAUGGAAGUUUCCGAUUUCCAUUAUCCGACAAACAUGCCCACUUCUUAUAUACGAGCAGAAGAAGUCCUCGAUUUCUUUGAAAAAUAUGCAGAUAAAUUUUCCUUAAAGUGUCAUAUCAAAUUUAACACCCGAGUUGACAAAGUAAAACCUGUAGGUGCUUCGCAAUGGAACGUCAACACGAAGAACCUCGAAACGAAAGAGAUCUCAGAAUCUGUUUAUGAUGCUAUAUUGAUUUGCAGUGGACACUAUAGUCACGCAUAUAUUCCUAAUAUUCCCGGAAGGGAAACGUUUAAGGGAAUCCAAGUACAUAGCCAUGACUUUAGAUCACCUCAGAUUCUUUCUGGUAAGAAAACUGUCGUUGUGGGGUACGGACUUUCAGGACAAGAUAUUGCACGUGUAAUCAGACAAGUUACAGACACGGUAUUUGUGAGUCAUAGCAUGAAAAAGCGACCCUUUAUGCCAGACAACCUUAUAGAUCGACCCCGAAUUGCUAAAAUUAAUGAAAACAGCGUGGAAUUCACUGAUGGAACCGUUGAAAACGUUGAUGCUAUUGUCUAUUGCACAGGAUACGAUUAUCGCUAUCCUUUUUUGACCAAAGAAUGUGGUAUAGUCGUUGAAGAAAACAAAUGGGUUCGACCAUUAUACAAAGGAAUUAUAAACAUUGAACGUCCAACAAUGGCCUUUAUAGGACUUCAUGCGAUAUUAGCUGUUGUUCCCAUGUUCGAAUUGCAGGUUCGAUUCUUUUUGAGCACAAUGAACGGUCACUUUCCUCUACCACCAAAAGAAGCACUUUUAAAAGAUUUUGAAGAGGAAGUACGAAAGAAAGUUCGAUUCUUUUUGAGCACAAUGAACGGUCACUUUCCUCUACCACCAAAAGAAGCACUUUUAAAAGAUUUUGAAGAGGAAGUACGAAAGAAAAGAGAAAGAGGAUUACAAGUCAGACAUAUGCAUUAUGUCGGAAAUGCCGAAAAUCAGGCGGAAUAUUUUGAAGAAUUAGCAUCGACUGCCAACAUCCCACGAAUUCCAAAUGUCAUCAAUAAAAUAUUUGGAAAUGUCAUAAAAGAAAGAAUGACCACCGGCAUUCGUGAUAGCGUUUAUAAAAUUGUUGAUGACGAACACUUUCAGCAAACUUACGUUCAAGGGUGAUAGGUAUAACAGGCACAGUUACCUAUACUUAUUGCAAGAAAUGAAAUAAGAAUGAAGGUGUAAUAAUUCUGAGUUCACUUUAUAGGUAAAAAUAAAAAUAAAAUAAAUAAA